CGUAACAGUCGCGCAUCCAGUCGUCGCGAUGGAGCUUCGCGAGCUGAGUGGUGGAACAGCGGAAGAAACUGUUGAACUUUUACGGAGCCAGGAUGACGACGAGAGUUAUUUUGUUGAAUAUGCAAUACAAAAAGCAAUUAUUAAUCGUAACCGAUGGCCUGCCAGUCGUCGUCUUUUAAGUCAAGUCGCGUUUACGGACACAGCAAACAGCAAUCAUCAACCACCAAAGGACUUUCCAGUCAUCAGUUUCAUUCAUACUGCUGGUCCAAACUGGCCUCCGUCACGAAAAAGAGAAGAGGCUCAAACAUUGGAGAACCUGAGGAAACGAGUGGAACAAUCAAAGUUGUACAAAGCAAAUCAAGUGUCUGAUCCGGGAGGCAAAACAUCUACUAAAGUUCAAUUGACCGAAGAACAACUCGAACAACUUGAUAAUAGACCAAAGCUUUUUAGAAAGAUAUUGAGCAACAAACCUAUGAGUAUAUAUCAUGACAGCAGUGACUUGGAAACAGACUGGAGAGAUAGCGAGUUUAUUACAGAAUGUCUCUGUUGGCACAAUGUAUAUCGCCAACGGCAUAAUGCUCCUCCUUUGACAAUGUCGCCAAAGCUGUGUGAAUAUGCACAAACGUGGGCAAACCAUCUAGCUCAUACUAAUACAUUUUACUAUCGGAACGAUCGAGAAGUCGGUCAGAACCUUUAUUGUAGACCAGGGGGUGCAGUUCCGGGUGACGUAACAGGCCAAGACGUUGCUUCAUACUGGUAUUCUGCAGUCAAACAAUAUGACUUUUCAAAAGAACCUGAUGUAUUACAUGCCAACGUCAAUGCAGGCCAUUUCACGCAGCUGAUAUGGAUGAGCAGUCGCUACUUUGGAGUAGGUAAAGCGCGAAGUCGAAGUGGCAAGAUCAUCGUGGUGGCAAAUUACGAACCAGUAGGUAAUACUUCAGGACAAUUCCAAAGGAAUGUACUUCCUCCGCUUCCUGAUUGUGGAAAUUUGCCGCUUCCACCACCACCAAGAAUCAGACAGUUUGAACCACCAGAAUCAGAUAUGUCAACAAGCAGUAACAGCUCGAUUAGCACGCAAUAAUAUAGACGAGCCAACUGCUUUUUAAAUUUCUGCGCGUUCUGGAGUGGAAGCAAACGAUAGUAAAAAUGUUUCAAAAUUCUCAGGCUAUCCAGGUAAAUGUGAUGGUAUUUUUACCGUUUGAAGUCCUUUUUUUGAUCAAAUAAUAAUGAGCGCAGAGAAGAAUUAAAAGCAGUGAUACAUCAGCUGAAUUCAUAAAACAAUCGAAGACAUUUUUUAUUACUAUAGUUUAUUCAACAAAGAGUUCAAGAAAAAACUAGAUGUAUCUAACGUGCGACCGAGUUAUAUAAAGGAUACAAAAUUUAUAGAAGAACGUGAAUAGAAAAGACAAUUAUAAAAAUGAGAGAAAAUUUCAAGAGAAAGUAUCUAUUACAAUAAUAAAAAUUGUUUCAAUUUGAAGUCCAAAGACAUUUAGAGAUAUGUUAAUUGGAAGCACUUUUUUGUUUCAUAAUUUAAGCAUUUAUCGCGAGGAAACUAGGGCAAAAUGAUCCUCUAGAGAAAAAAUGGUCCACCUUAAAGAGAUUUGAAAAUAAUUGAAAAAAAAUUUUUCAAAGCUGCUUUUGUACUCAACAAUAAUUUAUUGAUUCAUUUAAAUUAUAAUAAUAAUUCAUAAAAAAUUGUUUCAAUUUGACAGGAUCAUUUUGUUAUAAUUUUAAUAAUUUGAAUUGAAGACUUAAGCAAACGAUGAUGAUUUACUCUAGAUGAAAUGAGCACGUCAAAUCAUCUUCAUCGACUUAUGUCUUAAAUUAUCUAAAUAUAAAUUUAUCAUCCAACUGCAAAUUAUACAAAAAUAUAUGUUAGAGCUAGAAACUUCCUUAAAAAGUUUUUAUGAAUAUAUAUUAUUUAUGAUUUGAUGAAUGGCUAGUAAUAAGAUGCAAUUUUCCAGUGAUGAAUUAAUAUUUGAAUUAUCUAGUAUUUUGGUAAAUUAAAUAAAUAUUUUAUACAACCUCUGUGGGCCUUAAUACUAGCUUUGACUUGGCGUGAUUCAGAGCAAUUUGCACACUUUAUUCAACUGAAGUGUUAAGAUAAUGGAAGAGAUAUAUAAAUCACUUGUUAGAUCUUCAUGAGCAAUAAUUUCUGAAUUUUUAACUUCCCAGUAGGAAGUAAUUGUUUAUAAUUUUAUAAUCGAAUGUCAAUUCCUAGUUAAUAUUGAAAUGCGAUUUUUUACAAUAUUUAUGAAGAAGCAAAAGAGAAUUCGUUGCAACGACUUAAAUAACUGCAGUAAUCAUAAUUAUUAUAAAUCAUCACACUAAUUAUUAUAAUGGUAAUCAUUAUUGUUAUUAUUAUAGUAGGAGUUUUUAAAAACAAUAAUAUUCAUCUGUAGUAUCAUGCACCAAUCAACGCAAGGAAGAAGCAAUCUGAAAAGUUUAAAAAUUUUAGUAACUUUUGAGAGAAUCCAUUUCCGUGAUAUACAUCGAUUUUCAAUAAAACGUAGCUUUUAAUCUCUACUUCUAGUAUUCUUGAUGGAAUUUUUUUUAUUAUUAUUCUUCUAUUAUUCUGUAGAAUUGGGCAAGAAACGGAAAAACAAUUCCUUAAUUUUUGUUGGGAAGUUGGGAGUUUGAAUUUAUUCCUAGAGUGAAAAAGAAAUUCUUCAAAACAACUUAAAAAAGCACUUCUAAGUUUGAUCAUUCUGCUUUAAAGUCUUUUUUUUCUUACUUUACUUUUUAAAUUAGUUAUUAUUAUCUGUUUUAUUCUUUUUAUUUUAUUUAAUCGCUUUACGAGCUUCAAAAUCAUGACCCAAAAAUAUUUCA